CAUGAAAGUCCUCGUUGCACUCUUUGCUCUGGUGGCCGUCGCCAGUGCCCAGACUGAAGCCUGGUGCCGUUGCGCUUCCUUCAUCACCCACGAGCACUCUGAAGUAAUGGUGUACGAAGCCCCCGAGAUCCCCAUCGAAUCCUGCACUGAAGACGCCAACAAGUGCAAGAACGCGUGUGUCAAUGAGCUCAACAACCUGUCCAACAACGGCGACCUCUGGCUGAUGCAGGAGAGUGGCAUCACCGUCGGCCAAAGCAUCUGCACUUACCUCUCCGACCGCUUCGUCUUCUUCGUCCACACCAAGAGCGUGUAUGGCUAUUACGAAGUGUGUGGCGGCGCUUGGCAGUACUCAGGUUUCCAGUCCCUGCAGUCCCUGUGCUGCAACGGAGGCAAGCACGAGCAUUGCAUCAGCAAGUAAAAGGAUCAAGAGAUAUUUCCUGAAGAAAUUAUGAUAACAAUAAAGA